AUGGAGUCGUCCCGGCUUGCGGGUUGUGCACAAAGCGCAAGUCGCAAUGUGUCUAUUCUGCGGAAACUGAUGCGCGAGAAUGGAAUCAAAGGUCCGGCCAGUGAUCAUCCCACAAGUCUAUUGACGACCUCCAUGGUGGCUGAUACGAGCUAUAGUAUGAUACAAUCACUAAGACAGCGGCUGCAAGAGCUGGAAAAAGCUGCGGCGAUGCCACCUCCAUCACAAGAAAUGCAAACUUCGACAGCUGCUCCAGGCCAACCACCGGAUCAACCCGUACAGGCAGAGGAUACGAGUAAUCAAAACUCCUCUGAGCCACUAAACAACGCCGGUGGUGCUGGGGACCGAGAAGCCUACAAUGGUCAUCAUCUUUCUCAGGACACCGCUACCACAGAUUGCGCGCCGGCGAACGAUGUCUCCGCCAGUAACGCAGAAGGAGAGGCAUCACCAUUUGCUAACGACUCAGCAACCUCAAAUCUAUCCUCUAGCAAGGACAACUGUCAUUCCUCUCGGUGUAUUGGAUUAUACAACUUCGAAAGGUUGAUGAAACCAAUUGGCAUUGCACUGGACCGAGGUACUAAUACCUCGGAGGGAACAAUAGCAGCACGACCCGCGGAUCGUGGACUGUCGCCCACGCCAGAGCCGAAUUCUCCUCUGCCGGAGCGUGUAAAAUGUAAUUGUGACCGUCUACUUGAGGCCAUGCCAUGGAACUUGCCUCUGCGAAGGCAGGCCGAUUUCCUGGUCGCAAUUUACUUCGCUAGGCACGCUCGAAUGUUUCCAGUCCUUCACCGGCCGACAUUCAUGAAACAAUACGAAGCUCUGUGGGAAGCCAGGGCUGAUUCGGAAAAGGUAGGACACAAGUGCGUGAGUCUCUGCAGGCAGAGGAGUAAAGGCAAACUAUUCCCUGCCACGGUGAACGUGGUCUUUGCUCUUGCCGCCCUCUUCUCGUCUGGGCAUCACGAGCGGAAUGCGGCUUACGGCGCCGAAUUCUUCCAACUGGCAGAAACCGUAGACGUACAUGUCCUCCUGAACGAAGAGUCCGGGCUCGAGUUUGUCCAGUUGGGCCUACUGAUGGCGUUCUAUCUGCAGAGCACGGAAAGGUUUUCAAAAUGCUGGAACAUGGCCGGUCUGGCACUGAGGAUGGCUCAGAAUAUGGGGUUACACUUCAGUCUGCCAGAAGCUCGAAGAAGGGGUUUGUUGUGCUCCUAUCCCACACAAGUUGAAUGUGAGAUGCGGACACGCGUGUGGCACGCCUGCAUCCUCUUGGAAACCGAAGUAUCGAUGACCUUUGCUCAGCCAUUGACAAUCCCUACUCAUGGUAAGCGGAUCGGACUGCCAGAAGCCAUCGACGACAGUCGUCUAAGCGAUGAGGUGGGCAAAUGGAACAUGCAACCAAGAGAUCUUCCCAGUCUGAUGGAAUAUUACGUCUCUACAUUACAGCUUCACGAAAUCCUUGGGCAGGUUCUUAACAGGCAAGACACGAAAUCCGACAAGCCAUCCGACACGGUCGCCACGGUCCGUGCUGUCUUGACCCUCGACAGUGAGAUCACGGAAUGGCGCGACCGUUUGCCCCUUUACCUCCGACAUGAUUCGUCACGGGAAUUGGAUCCCGUCAGAGGUGCUGCUGGGUCAGAGCCCAUACCAGAUGCCGAAGUGGUUCUCGGCUUCCCGGAUCUUGCAAGACGACUGCAUUGCAGGUUUCUUUGCGUUCGACAACUCGUCCUACGGCCGGCGUUGGAUCUUCUAUUUGAGAAACAACAAACUGAGAAGUCACUCAUUACGGCUGACCGUACAGCGAAAGCAAAGCUCAAAGAUUCUGUGAUUUCUGAUAUCGCCGCGCAAUGCGUGCUCUUGGCAGUCGAGCUGGUGGAGUUUUUGACGACCCAGAUACAGACAGACUCUUUUAUCUGCUGGUGGUACAAUAUCCAUUAUCUGCACACAUCUGGGAGUACUAUUUUAUUAGGACGUCUCUGCACCUUUCAUGACGGAGCCGUGCUCCCAGCAUCACUCUCAUCAAGCUGGGAGCUGUGUUUGCAAUACUUGACUCGUUAUGAAAACCUCAGUAGCGUCGCCCAGAGGUCCUCGCAACUGUUGAGGGAAAGCGCAAAACGAAUAUCACAGUUGGGAAUUCCCUUCUUCUCGGACGAGAACCAUCAGUCUGGAGCUACAGAUGAGAGAUUCGGCCAACCUUGGAAAACGAGUGAACAGUCUGAUAAUGUUACGGCUGGAUUCCUGAACGAUAUGACGCAGCCUUCGACGGCGGGUGAGCUGUUUGACAAACUUCUUGCCGGUGACAAUUCUUUCCAGCUGUCGAGCGACUUUCUGAAUCCUUUUGGAGCAAAUGACCUAGAAGGUCAGCUGUCUUUCUACGAAGGCUACGACGUUCGCAACAAUGCCCCUUUCGCUUGUCCAUCAUGGGCAUUUUUCCCUCCCAACUGUUCUCCACUUGGGAAAAUCCCACAACAACCGGAUGGGUGGAACUUCAUGUGA